AGAGAGACCGCCGCAGCCAUGGCUCUCCAUCAGUUUGACUACAUCUUUGCCAUCGGCCUCAUCUUUGCUUUCCUCGAUGCCUGGAAUAUUGGUGCCAACGAUGUCGCCAACUCGUUUGCGACCUCCGUCUCAUCGCGGUCGCUGACCAUGAUGCAGGCCAUGAUGAUUGCUACAGUUAUGGAAUUUGGUGGUGCCGUUCUCGUCGGAGCCCGAGUGUCAGAUACCAUUCGUAACGGGAUCAUUUCAACCUCCAAAUUCACCAAGGAGCCGGCUGUUCUCAUGCUGGGGAUGAUGUGCGCACUUGUUGGCUCUUCUACCUGGUUGACCGUCGCUACGAAGAUGGGUAUGCCCGUCUCGACCACUCACUCUAUUGUUGGUGCCAUUAUCGGCGUUGGUAUCGCGACUCUGGGUAAGGAUGGGGUCCAGUGGGCCUAUAAUGAUGGAAAGGGGGUCGCUGGUAUUGUCAGUGCCUGGUUCAUUGCUCCGGCCAUUGCGGGUGGCUUUGCGAUUGUUGUCUUCCUCAUCACCAAGUAUGGUGUACUUGAACGCAAACGACCUCUACGUGCUGGUUUCAUGAUGGUUCCAUUCUACUUUGCUAUUACCGCCGGUAUCUUGACCAUGGUCAUUGUUUUCAAGGGAGCUCCAAGCUUGAACCUUGAUGACCUGAGCACUGGACAGGUCCUCGGCGCCAUAUUCGGUGUUGCUGGUGGAGUCGUGCUUCUAUACGGCAUCUUCUUCUUGCCAUUCCUCUACCGCAAGCUCGAACUCGAAGACUGGCAGCUCAAGUGGUGGGAAAUCAUCUACGGUCCUCUCCUAUGGAAGCGCGGACCAGUCCCACCACGUCCUGAGGGUGCUGUAAUCGUCCAAGACUACUACAAGGGCCACAAGACCAAGGAGGAACUUGCCACCACAAGAGGAGCCACUGACGAUAUCGAGCAUGCCGUCAUUCCUCAGAGCGAGGCACAAGGCUCGGAAGAUGGCAUCAAGCGUGGCUCCAGCGAGGUCUCCCCCAACGAGAAGACCGGUGAACAGACCCUCGAGGCCCAUGAGCAAGCCGCUCUUGGACCGUGGUAUACUCCUAGCAACCUGUUCAUCAAGGCCAAGUACUACUUCCUCCGUGGUGUCGACCGUGACGUUGUUUCCGAACAGAACGCCACAGAUUCCACCAACUUCCUGGCUGGGGACCUAGAUAAGAUGCAUGCCGAAGUCAAGCAUUACGAUAACAAAACCGAGCAUCUCUACUCUUUCCUUCAAGUCUUGACUGCCGCCACUGCCUCCUUUGCUCACGGAUCCAACGAUGUUUCCAACGCUAUCGGACCCCUUACCACCAUCUACCUUGUCUGGGACACUAACACCAUCGCCAAAAAGGCCAGUGUUCCAAUUUGGAUUCUUGUCUUCGGUGGUGCCGCUAUCUCCAUCGGUCUCUGGACCUACGGGUAUAACAUGAUGCGUCAGCUCGGUAACAGACUGACCCUGCACUCCCCUAGCCGUGGUUUCUCCAUGGAACUCGGUGCCGCCAUCACCGUCAUUCUUGCAAGUCAGCUUGGUCUACCAAUCUCCACUACCCAGUGUAUCACCGGCGCCACGGUCGGUGUCGGUUUCUGCUCUGGAACCUGGAGAGCCGUCAACUGGCGCAUGAUCGCCUGGAUUUACAUGGGCUGGUUCAUCACCAUGCCUGUUGCCGGCAUCAUCUCUGGCUGCCUUAUGGGCAUCAUCAUCAAUGCUCCUCAGUGGUCUGGCAUUGCCGCAUAG